AUGGAAUUCCUGUCUCAAACCUACGUGGCUUUGCGAGGGCCGACGGGGGCUCCUCAGACGGCUCUUGAGACAAUCUCGAGGCUCAGCGACAGACUCUCGCCGUCGACUUUACUUGCUGAUCGCCGAGCCUCGGUAUUAUCACUCAAGGGCCUGUCUCGGGAUCACAAGCGAGAUGUCGGCGAAUGCGCUUUACCCGGUCUACUGGAGGUCUUGCAGAACGACGCUGAACUGGAUGCGGACGUUGGGAAAGCUGUCCUAGAAACGCUCAAUACUCUGUGUGAUACGGAGGAGGGAAGUCCUGAGGUCAAGGAGCUAGGUUUCAAGCAUUCGGAUCGUGUCCUGGCCGAUGACAAGGCCGCCCACAAGCUGCUUGCAUUGCUGGCUGCUGAUCAGACGUUCUAUACGCGUUACGGUGCUCUACAGUUUCUGUCGACUCUCCUCCGCAAUAGGCGACAGCUCGUCCAGAGUUACUUCCUGACGGCUCCAGCCGGCCCAGCGGGUAUCAUGGCCGUUCUUGAGGACAGAAGGGAGAUCAUUCGUAAUGAGGCAAUUAUUAUGUUGCAGUCUCUCAUUUCGCAAAGUCCUGAAAUCCAGAAAGUCCUCGCGUUCGAGGGCGCUUUUGAGAGGUUGUUCAACAUUAUAACCCAGGAGGGCGGUGUUGAAGGUGGUAUCGUUGUCCAGGAUGCCUUGCUUUGCGUUGAUGGGCUCUUGCGUUUCAAUACCUCUAACCAGGCACGACGCUCCAGCUAUUUUCGAGAGACGCCCAUGGCCAUGGUGCUCUUGUCUCUCCUGCAAUUCCCUCCGAACUUACCCAUCCACGAAGCUGCCCCACAGCAGUUUGCCUUACAGUUCUGGGACGCCCAAAAAGGCCAGAAUGCUGGUAUAGUAGUAGGGAUCCUGGGUAUGCUUGCUGCCAAUGAAGGUAGCAGUGUCAGUGUGAAUGGCUUGUCACCCUUUACGCGAUGCUUGUUGGAAAUGGCGCUGGCAUCCAAUGCACCGACAGCCUUGAAAACACAGUCUCUACGACUUCUUCCCAUCAAUCAAUCCCUCCCCCUGACAGACAUACUAGUUACUACAUACAUGCCUGUUCCAGAAACCAAUGGAGAAGAAUGGGAUCGGCUAGAACCUGCCUCCGCCCUCGAUGCGCUUGUAGAACUGGUCCUGAGCGGCGAAUACAGCGGACUAUACAGUGCUAGACGAGAUAAGGAAGGCUUGGAACUUCGAGCAACGGCCGCCAGCGUAUUCGAAAGCUUCGUGGGCCAAGAUGACGUCCGCCUACUCAUUUUGCAGGCCAUGGUGCCUCCUGAAGAUUCAACCACCCCGCCCCCCGUCACCCCCCUUCUUCAGUUCCUCGCCACGCCCCCCACUUCGCCCCUCGUCCCCGCCUCGGUUAUCUCCACCCAACUAGCUGCGAUUUUAUUCGCUCACUUGAUCCGGAACUCUUCACGCGCCAAAGCGUUGGCACGAUCGAUCAAGCCCCCCUCUGCGGGAGGUAUCGACGGCGGCAGUUUCUUUGUGCCUGCUGACGGCGGCCCUCCUUCGCAAGCUCAGCAAGAACCGCAGCCAACUGAAGAAGACGACGAUUCCCCGCAAACGCUAAUCCAGCUUCUGAACGAACACCUUUCUUUGGCCUUGCUAUCGCGUUCUCGGGCUUCGAGUUCUGACCGAGAGGCCCGCGAAUGGGAUCGACUUGUCACCGUCUACCUCUGUCUUCUAUCUCAAUGGCUUUGGGAAGACCCCAAGGCAGUUCGGGAAUUUUUAGAUGCCGGCGGUUUGGGAAUUUUGGUAGAACCCGUGAAUCAGACUUCAGAAACAGACGUCCUCGUUCCGGGUCUAUGCGCGCUUCUAUUGGGAAUCUGCUACGAAUUCAAUAGGGAGCCUGGGGAAGUGACAAGAGCCACCAUCCACCCAAUUCUGAAUCGACUCGGGGUUGACGCGCUGAUGGGCCGGAUCACGCGUCUACGGGAAGACGAGCGAUUGAAAGCGGUGUCCCCCGAAUCGACAGUCCUGCCCUAUCCGACACCUGCUCAUUCGCAGCCGGGGCUCAAACCGGAAACAGCUGACGAAGCUGAGAUAUGGUUCGAUUGGCCUUUCGUCGACUUCCUGAAGUCGAAUUAUUGUAAGCGCUCACACGUUAGCGCCCGAAACGCCUUUCUCACCCCUUGCAUCCCAAAAAGAUACGAUCCAGCGAGGGAUCCGCACAGAUCCCAACUCGUUAUCGUCUUCCGCAGUCCUGAGGCAGAAGCCGUGGUUGCUUCCUUGCGAGAGGUGAUUCGAAAGCAGGCGCAAGAAAUCGAAACGUUGCAGAACAAACUGAAGACGGCGUUGGCAGAGAAGGAGCAAGAAACAACUGCCUUGCAAACGCAGGUUUCUCAGUUGACGUCAGAGCUGCAGUCUUCGAAUGAGAAACGCCAGGACGUAGAGAAAGAGCAGGAAGACCUCCUCGUGCUUCUGGAUGACUUGAGUAGCAAGCGUCGCAGAGACAAGCAGCGUCUUCGGGAGGCUGGCCUCGAAGUAUCGGAAGACGAAGGCGAUGACGAAGAGGAAGACGAAGAGUGA